AUGGAGUCUCAAUAUUUCAAUCUUAUUAAACCAAGAGCGCGGAAUCAGGACCGCUUGGCUAGCUCAGAAGUGAGUGAUGAGCGUAAGUUAUCAACCGAAGAGGUUAUUCGGUUAGGUGGAGAACGGUUCAUACAAUCGCGUUCAUUGACUCCCACAAACGAUAUGUCGAAGUCGACCUAUCCAUACGUGGGUUCAUCUGCGGGCCUUUCGGAUCAAGAGCUCAAAGAUGUUCAACUCAUUGAAAAUAUUCUACUUUCUUCAGAGAAAGUCGCCCAACAAGAAUUUGAUCAAUCGUGCAAGCUUCUCGACUUGUGCGAUGCGUUGUCUUCGAGCUCAGGAAACCCGAUUCAAAGAAUCGUGUAUUACUUUUCGAAAGCGCUACGAGAGAAGAUCGAUAAAGAAACUGGGAGAAUUAGCUCAUUCACCGGGUCAGGAAAGAAAAAUGAACAUGACAUGCAAGGGAGAAUAAUGAACAUGACUGUACUUUCGAUUUAUCAAAAGUUGCCGUUUUAUCAAGUAGGUCGCUUUUCGGCCAUGCAGGCUUUGGUGGACCAUGUAUCCGGGGCUAAAAGAGUGCAUGUAGUCGACCUCACGAUUAGACAAGGCGUACAUAUUAUAGUUCUUAUGCAAGCACUUGCAACUUUGGGCGGCAACUAUUAUGAUUAG